AUGAAGGAUCGUUUGGACACACUAAAGGAAAUCAACUUACCAAUAUGGUUGACUGAAGUUGAUAUAGUUGAGAAAGAUCCUCACAAGCGCGCCAUUAGUUUGGAAAAUGUCAUGCGUGUUGGAUUCAGCCACCCAAGUGUACACGGUAUCAUAUUGUGGUGUUUCUGGAACCUGAAGUGCUGGAGAGGACCCUAUACUGGUUUAGUGGAUGGAGACAAUUUUACGGUAAUUAUAAGUGGAGAUUGCGGGUCGCUUUAGUGAACUCGCCCAAGUGGGUUUUAUAAUGCUAACAAAUGCCGUUUUCCAUUACGAUAGGUUUGUCAGCUCUAUAUAUAUAAACGAGUGACCAUUUCCAUACAUGUCCAAUACUGUCGAAUCUACUCCAUCCGUACGGAUGGAGAGAUUUGUAACUUGAGCUUUAUUCCACAAUGGUACGGUGGCAUAGGGGAAAUGAUUUGUCCGAUGGUUCGAUUCAACCGAUUGCAUGGACCAUCCGUCACAUUGCAAUCGUUUGACUCGUACCCAAACCCAAAUUGCUGAUAUCACUUUUCCCCGAUUGUGAUAAUCUGUUUAUCAUACUUGUGCCUUUAUCAGGGUCUGAUUAUUUUUAAAAUAAUCAUUGGCGCAACAACAAUAUAAAAAACAUAAACAAAGAAUAGAUUAACUUAUCUUUGUGUUACUUUAAGUCGUUUUCUGUUUUUCGCUUUGUGUUAUAAUUUUUUUCUUCGAUAAAGCAGUCAACACCGACUAUAAACACGAACCUUGAGUUAGCCAUCUUUGUUUUGACAGCGGCAAAUAUAGUGGCACAAAAAGCUAUGUCAGUGACAAAAAAGAUAUCAGUGACGACAACGUUUUUAUGUCACCCCUGUUAUCGCUCUGAUAAAGGCGCAAGUGUGUACAUGUAAUAAAUUAUGUUAUAUGCUUCGUUUUCAAAUACACCACACCAACUAUCAAUAUAUCAUGUUAUAUGCCUCGUUCUUAAAUAAAAUCAUGCAAACUAGCAAUAUAUAUGUAGUAUGCCUCGUUCUUGAAUAAACCAAACGGGACAGGGACAGGCUAAUAAAGCUCUAUAUAUUAUUUCGCAAUUUUCCAUCAAUUUAAAUUAAUGGUAUAUUUUUAAUACAAAACUAACUUCAUGUUUUCCUAAUGACAUGAUAUUUAUAGUUUUAAACACAGAAUUCGCCUUCAUCACAUUAUAUCUCACAUUCUCUUAAUUAAGAGUUGUAAACAAUGCUAAAGGAAGCAAUAUGACAGGUUGUAAAUCAUUUUUGCGCUAUAUAGUCAUACAUACACAUUGGACAUAACGACACUGCUAUAUAGUUCUAUCCGCACUUUCUUUGCUGAAACAGUGAAACUACUCAAAGAAAAUCCCGAGAAUGGCAAACCGAUUGAACAUUUUGGACAAAGUUUUGACAUCAUGAUUCGUCCGAUGAAUCCGAUCCGAAAUCGGCCAUGUUGAAUUAUUCGUUACUAGUAAAGUAGUAUACCCACGCCCCAAUCAACGCGCUUGCGCACGGAUCGGACGAAUCUUUUCAAUCUAAUUUUGUCCUACCACUAGACUAAGGUUGAUUCACCAAUCUUUCUAUCAGAUAAUUCCAAUAGUCUACCGUAGCCUAUUGUAGCCUACCAUAGACCUAUCACUGGAUUAAGGUUGAUUCAUCGGACUCAAAUGGAACUUGACGCCAUGGACUAGGUCUGAUCUACAACCCCCUAUAAAUUAAUACUCCUCACUAUGACCUCACAAAAAUCACGAAGCGUACCAAUGGAAUAGAUUCGUCAGUAUUGGACAACCCUCACAGUUUCAAGUCACCUGUUCAAUUAGUCACGUGUUGAACUACAUUCAACUAUCGUUUCAAUAUCGUACCCAGAGCAUGCCUGUUCGCAGGUUGGGGUUGGGCAUGGCUCUGGAGAAGUCGAAUUUAUUCACGUUGCAUUUGCAACGUGAGUUGUACGCAUGCUCUUGCUUAAUUCGCAACUCUAAUUCAUUUAUUUCAACAAAGUAUUAGAAUUUCACGUUCAGGAUUUGAUACUUUUUGCACUGAAAUCAACUGAAAACAUCUAAAAAUUCUGGGAUAAAUAUAUACCAAACUGAGCUGCGGAUUGAUACAACUAUCUGAAAAAAAUGAGGAGAACUUCGACGUUUCGAGCGAAGCUUCGCCCUUCGACUUAUACUGUUAGUGUUUGCUUGUAUACAUCGUACAUUUUAUACUGUGACAUUACUGUCGUCUGUUGGUAUUCAUAAUAUACAUAUAAUCUCCUGGUGUAAUUUGGUAUUUUUUUGCUAUUUUCCAUCCAUAUUAAACACUAAGAUCAGCAAUCUUAUAUUAUAAAUCAUUCAUGUACAUAUUAUUGAAAUGCGCCAAUAAUUGAUUUCCAUGUCAAUUAAAUCUCGAUUAUUUAAAAGUACAACAUCAACGGCAAUAUAAAACUAACAUAUAUCUAUAAAUUAACAACUAAAACAUAUAUCUAUAAGCACAGCACCCUAAAUAAGUCGUAGGUAAUGAAAAAUAUAAUAGUAUAUAUUUUGAAAUCUGCUGUGCUGGUGUAAUGUACUCAGGUGAAUAAGAUAUUUUGUGUGAUGUUACUCUGAGUGUAUAUCCAUACCGGGCAGGCUUGAAAAACAUGCCCGGCCACGGCGGGAUUCGAACCUACGACCUUUGGAAUACCAGCCCAAUGCUCCUCCAACUGAGCUACGCGGUCAGGACGGUUCGAGUAUGCGAUAUUUCGGAACUGAGUCUAGUUCCUUCGAUAUCAGUGUAAUCUAAUAAUCAUGAAAUCUGCUGUCAGCUGGUGUAAUGUACUCAGGUGAAUAAGAUAUUUUGUGUGAUGUUACUCUGAGUGUAUAUCCACAACGGGCAGGCUUGAAAAACAUGCCCGGCCACGGCGGGAUUCGAACCCACGACCUUUGGAAUACCAGCCCAAUGCUCCUCCAACUGAGUACAUAUUUUAUUUAGAAGCAAACAUGUCAACGUAUUAUUUGUCGUGAAUAAUUUCAAAUUGUUACUUUCGUCAAUAAAUUAGCCACAUUCUGCAGAGUCAUUUUGGCCACUCCGUGCCUUACUGUACUUGUAACCGGUUCAUGACUCAAUACAAUUUCUAUUAUCAGUAUGUUUACUGUAUACAAAGAAAUCAUCCUCUGUUUUAUUUAUCUGCAUUGCUCAGUGAGUCGUCGUGUAUAUCCACGCGGAAAGUCAGGAUGCUGGCGUCAACCAAUGAAACUCAUUAUCUCAUUCGAUUUCUCCAGGGCCAUGCCCGACCAUAACCUGCGAACGGCAUGCUCUGGGUACGAGAGCGUGGACGCGAGGGCCGAAAAGGUCAAGGCGGACAGCUACAGUGCAUGUCCAAAAGUGUCCGCUCGCAGUGCGACCGUAUAAAGACCAUUUUCAAUGCACUAGGCGAAUUUGUUCGUGCGGAGUGAAAAACAAAUCUUAGCAAUGUAGUUGGUCAGUGAAAUAAUUCACCGCGAAAAAGUUGGAUCAGUUGCUACAUUUUUACUGUUCGCACGAACAAAUUAGCCGAGUGAAAAUUGGGCUUAAUUUAAUGGUAUUCGAAAACAGCAUUAACGAGACUACUCUAUGUUGUCUUCAAGAGAUAUAAUCUUGAACGAUCUCUGCAAGCGAAUGUAGUGCCAGUAAUAACAAAACAUUCGUUGGUAGGAGUGCAUGCAACUACCUGAAAAUAACAAGGAUAAAUUCCUUUAUUAAGGUAAUUCCGCAGUUUUGCAUUGCGCACUUUUACUGCGCACAUCUGAAAACUUAUAAUUUCAUCGAUUAUACGUACCGUUUAAAAAAAUAUCAUUUUAUGACAAUUUUAUGUUACUUCAAAACAUCUUUGGUUACAUUCGUGCAAAGAAUUACGUUAAAAUCAAUGUUUUGAAAAGAGGCAUACAAAAGUGUAGGUAGGGUUCCUGUGUUUGUAGUAUAUUUAUUUACUUGUAUUUCACGUUUUGAUGCCACAAUCAUAGGCGUACCGGGCGGGGAGGCGGGGGGGGGCGGUAGCCCCCCCCCCCAGUUUGUUGGGCAGUCGGGCAAUAUUCGAUCAACAGUCGGGCAAUUUUGGUUUGUUAUAAAAAUAAAUGGGACAAAUUAUGUAAGUUUUGUCGGAAAUUAAGUCAAAUUUGUGUGAUGUUCCGAAAAAUUUUGGUAUGUCCGGAAAAUUUUUUGACCCCUAAAAUGGUACACUGCCCAAAAAUUUUUUUGGCGACCUCCCCGUCCCCCGUCGCCAAAAAAAAUUUUCCGGAAAAAAUUUUUUCGCUACCAGUCGGGCACAAUCCCGAAAAGUCGGGCAAAUUUCUUUCCGCCCCCCUAAUUUUUUCCUUCCGGUACGCCAUGGCCACAAUUCCCUAAAAAGAUCGGUGACCCCCGUUUUUUAACUGAUAAUUUAUUUCUUUAAUACAUUUUACAUUUUAUAUCCGAAAUUAAAAGAAAAAUCAUUUCUGGAUCUUGAAAAAAAAGCUUUUUCAAUGCAUGUUCUCAAAGAAAGAUAUGUAAAGAAAUGUGGAAAAGACAUUUGUGGAUCAGAAUCGUACACGUUAGUAGUUUCAUUUUGCUCAAAACACAAUAUUUUUUCAAAAACAAUUACAAGAUAAGUUUACUAAAGGAAAAUCCGCGCUAAAAACGUCAAUAAAUAUCAGGCUGUUGUGAGUUUGCUGUUACUCGUAAUGAGCGUCAAGAUGGUGCCAUAUUGGGGUAAAGGUUGUAUAUUGUGAUUGUCAUAUCUUCUUAACAAGUUCGGUGACCCCGACUUUUUUGUGUGAUUUUACUUUAAGUAUAUCAUAAACUCCAUGCCUGGGAAGUUUCAGCACAUUCUCAUUUUGGGAACAAUUACUGCGGAAUUACCUUAAGUUAUUAAGUUAUUCCUUUAUAACUUCCAGCGACGAAGGGCCUUAGUCCCCCAAAACGUCGAAUUUCACCUUGUAUUUUUCAGGUAUAGUUGCAUCCCUAUACCAACGGAAGUUUUUUUUCCAAGAGAACAUACAAUGCAUCUCAAUUACGAAAACGAACCUCUGUAGUCAAGGCAAGAACAUUCCAAAAGGCUUCAUUUAGUUUAUGGUGAAUAAUUCCAUACGCGACGUGUUAUUCGAUUAUAUGCAUAAGCUAUAUACCGAAUAAGAAUCGUAAAUACAGCUAUUUCAAUUAAGGUUGUCCCCGAGCAAAGCGGAAAAGUUGAAUACGAGCGCGAAAGGCUGCUUGGAAUCGUUAUGAAAAUUCAUUAAUUUUUUAGGGAUUCCCAGCAGCCUUUCGCGCUCGUAUUCGACUUUUCCGCUUUGCUUGUGGACAACCUUAAUUGAAAUAGCUGUAAAUAAAUUAUAUACAUACGACCAAUCGUAUCAUGAAGAAAGGCUUAUAAUAUUUGUUUGUUAUUCCAGCUAACAGAAGCUGGUCGUGUAUAUCAGGAUCUUCGUCGACAGUGGACUACAAGCGAAGUAUUGACAGCAUCAGAAGUGUUUAAGCACGAAGAAGUUUUCAAAUUUCGGGGUUUUCAUGGUGAUUAUGACAUGUUUAUACAUUUAUCCGAUGGAAAAACUAUCAAAAAAUCAUUCGAGGUAAAACCAGGAAACAGGGAAUUGAUUGUAAAAGUCAACAUAGAAUAUAAUUAAUGAUUAAUUAAUAUAUAGCAAACAAUUAUCGUAGUUGAUGUAACGGACAGAAAAGUACCAUGGCUG